GGCUAACUUGAUGCAGAAAAAUUGUCUGUCGUUAAAAGCCAUGUCUCGAAGUCAGGUACACAGGUGAAGGGACUUCAGCUAGCUAGGUCAGGUCCGUAGUGGGUGUAGUCAGUGGAUGCUCCCUCAUGUCGCGGGAUAAAGCUGAGUUUUUAGCUUCCAGGUACAUAGGUCCCACGUUACCACAAGAAACAGUGGCUAGCCGACGUCUUUGUACAACUUCCUUUAUAUGUGGAACACGCUGUUGUUUCGCAAACCGGCAGGAUUUGGAUGUAUUUUCGUCCUAGUUGAAGCAUUCAUUUAAAAACAGCAUCAGCCACACAGGAGGCCCCAGGUUCAUUGACUGCAUGACAGAGUGAUGCAUUAAUUGCUGGACCAGUCAAAAGAUGGACUAGCCAUAGAAACUCAUCAACCCCUCACCUCACUAUCAACACCCACCUGUAGCAGACGUAAUGCCCGGUGGCUGGCAGUCUGCCAGGCACCCGAUAUGGCGCCUCCUGCUGCCAUUCCGCAACCGCAAGGAGCGAGUGGUGUUGGCCCGCAGCGAGAGCCUACCAGGGGAAAAGGUUCUAAAGAUCACAGUCACAGAGACUACUGUGAUCGAAGCAGAGUCAGGGGUGUGGAACUGGCGGUCACUGGUCUACUUGGGCCUCUGGUACUUCUUUAGCUUCUGCACCCUGUUCCUUAACAAGUACAUUUUGUCUCUGCUAGAGAGGGAGCCAAGCAUGCUAGGUGCAGUUCAGAUGCUCUCCACUACUGUAAUAGGCUUCCUAAAAACGUUAGUACCCUGUUGCCUGUACCAGCACAAGUCCAGAACUGAAUAUCCCCCCAACUUCAUCAUGAUUAUGCUGUUUGUUGGACUCAUGAGGUUCACCACAGUAGUGCUGGGCUUGGUAAGCCUGAAGAACGUGGCAGUGUCUUUUGCAGAGACAGUAAAGAGUUCAGCACCCAUCUUCACUGUCAUCAUGUCUAGGCUGAUUCUUGGAGAGUACACAGGGCUGUGGGUGAAUCUGUCUCUUUUCCCUGUCAUGGCAGGCCUGGCCCUCAGCACAGCCACGGAGAUCAGCUUCAACAUGCUUGGUUUCUGUGCAGCUUUGUCCACCAACAUCAUGGACUGUUUGCAGAAUGUGUUCUCCAAAAAACUGCUCAGUGGAGACACAUACAGGUUCAGUCCUCCAGAACUACAGUUCUAUACUAGUGCAGCUGCGGUAAUCAUGCUAAUACCUGCCUGGUUGUUCCUGUUGGACAUCCCAGGGAUUGGGAAGAAUGGGCAGAGCUUCGUCUUUAGCCAAGAUGUUGUCCUGUUGCUGGUUUUUGAUGGCUCCUUGUUCCACUUGCAGAGUAUCACUGCCUACGCUCUCAUGGGACGGAUUUCCCCUGUUACAUUCAGUGUUGCCAGUACUGUCAAACACGCCCUGUCCAUCUGGCUGAGCAUCAUCGUGUUUAGUAACCACAUCUCCAUCCUCAAUGCCACUGGCACCGUCCUUGUGUUCAUUGGGGUCUUCUUGUACAACAAGGCCAGACAGAUCCAGAGGAAAACUUUACAGGCCAUGGCUACUGAGCAGAAUCAUAUGCAAGCACUACAGAACCAGGACUUCAAAGCCACUGAGUGUCGAUGAGGAAUCACAAUUGAAACUAAUACUGCUUGAUGAGAUCAAAUAGUUCUGUUUACCAAAUGUCGGCUGUUGAGACACAUUGCCUUGAUAUAUGUAUCAUUAUGUAAGUGAUAUCAUGUAUUAUUUAUAUAUGAUGUAUGACCUAUUUUCAACUGUUAAAACAAUUGAAGCAAAGUCAUUCUUUUUAUAAAUCAAGUUCCACUAAGUGUAAGGGUGAAGUCUUCAAGUUUAAAGUAAGCUUUGUUGACUGGCUCUCUAGAGAUCAGUAUCUGUUUCACUAAGACUUUGAACUUGUUUAUAUUGGGUGCUGUGAGAUCUGAUCUAAAGAUGACAGCUUUAAGUACAGGUCUAAACUCACUCAGGAUGCAUCGAGGAAUUAUUGAGAUCUGAUCAUACCAAGGCAACAUUCUGAGGUUAUCUGAUACUGGUUUGUCCACAGUUAAAAUGACAACUCCUGGUGUUUGAGAAUAAAGCAGAAGCUGAAAUGCAAAAUAACUGCAGUUCUUCUAGUAUAAACUAUAGGAAGGCUCCAAAAGCCUGACUCCCAUUUAGGCUCCAUAUUAAAAACUACCCCCCAAAAAAUGUUGGUCUCUUAAGCUAUUUUUUUCUUUUAAUAACAGCUGCAUGGAGGGAGGAUUUUUAUAUUUCAUACCUUUUUUUUAUAUGUAUAAAACUUGGAAUAAUUCAUAAUAACGUGCAUGGUAACAGGUGAAUACUGUUGGCUGUCUACUGGACAUUAGCACAGCCAGUAUAGUCACUGAGGUGGACCUCUUGGCUGUGUUUGUGUCUUUUGUGCCUUUGUGGUAUUUUUUGUCAAAUAAUCAGACAAAUGUUUGGGUUUAUGAUAUGGUAUAUGUGUGGUGUAUGAUAUGAUAUUCGAACAUACUAAGUUCAUACAUUUUUAAUUUGUUGGCCAGUGUUUCAGAUUCAGGGUUGUUAUUGGCUUGUCCCAAUAUGAAAAUAAGCUAUUAUGGUAAUAAUAAUAAGACCAAUUAUUUUUGUUGGCCAGUACUUUUGUGCACCCACCAUACUCUCAACAGAGAUUCAAGUAUGCAAGCCGUGAGUCUGCUAAAUUACCACAAGCUCUCUUUUCUCGACAUAAAAAUUGUUGUGCAUCCCGGAUGGAGUCUGGUAAAUGUACAGGUCAGACCCUACCACAAAUAGAUUCUUAUUCUGUCAGUAAUUUGCUGGCCAAUCAUGUUAGACUCUUUAUUCCCCCCAUGGACCAUCCUUGCAUUCAAAUACAGUGACUUCUGACUCUAGAAAACCAACAUGGUGGCAGCCAGUGAUCCAAUGACGCUUCAAAUAGGCAGUCCUAUUGGUAACAAUUAGGUGUUGUCACUAUGGCUACAUUCAUUAUUUUUGCAGUCUAUGGAAUUCAGGUGUCCUGGGCCACUGGACAGUCAAACCUUCUGUUUAUUCAGGACAAAGCUCUCAAGGCCACAUGUUUAGCAUCAGAAAGUGAAAUCCAGUCAUACAUUGGGAAUUGAUUGUGCACUUGGAGACACAUAAUACAACAGCCAUACUCGGAGCUGUCCACUUGGGAUCAGAUCAUCCACAAUGCUUGAUAAUACUCGGUCUCAAAAGGGCCUCAUUCAGCCUUAAUCCCUAAUUUAAACAUUGGGUGAAGGGAAGCAAACUGAAAGCUCAGGGUGUCCUUAAGGUUUUAUGAAGUGGCUUCUGUGAGCUUUUUGUCUUGCUUUAAGAGUGUGUUGGUUUAUCUUCUUGUGAGGUGCAAAUGCAAAGUUUGUAUAAUCUGUUUCUAAAAAAAGCUGAGACACUGUGUUGAAUGUACAUAGAAAUAGAAGGUGAUUGUGCGCAAACAUGUCUUAGUUAUGUGCCUAUUUUGAAUUUGAUGACUGAAUCACAUUUUUAAAAAGUUAGGCAACAAUAGAAAAGGAAAGUUGUGAAUUGCUGAAAGAAAACGCCUGAUGAAAUACCUCAGAUAAUUAGGUAUUUUACUAUCUUAACUAAAGAUGGGGAGGAGUUCACAAACCUUGUGAAAGACUGUAAUGAUAUAAAAAAGACAGUCUUUCUCAACACAAAACCGUAAAGAAACCAGGGUUUACAUUGUCUACAGAACAUGACCACACAGACAUGAUUCUGAAGUUAUCGUCAUGGGCUCAGGGUCAGCUCCAAUAACCAUUUUCUGUGAGCACAGCUUCACUUAACCCAUCAAUGCAAGUUGAAACUCUUACCAUUCAAAGAGAAAACCAUAUGUAAACCAGAUCCAAAAACAGCACUGCCUUCUCCUGGCUAGAGCUCAUUCAAGAAUGGUUAAUGUGAGGUGAAAAACUGCUGUGGUCAAGUCAAAACUUAAAAUUCUGUUUGGAAAACAUCUUCCAAGCUAAAGGGCAGAAGGAACAGCCAACCUGUUCUUAAAUGCCAGCAUCUGAGAUAGUACAAUGGUAAGUUCACAACGGUAUGCAUGGGUAACCUGUACAUUUGUGAGGGCUACAUUAAUGCUGAAGGACAUUUUGGAGCAACAUAUGCUGCUAAAUUGACAGUUUAUCACCUAAUACUUAAUUUAACUCAUUUCAGUAAGACAAUGCAUUCUACACAUUUAACAACAGCAUAGAUCAGUGGAAAGAAAAACUGGCUGUCCUGCAGGCCUGGCUUGUCACCCAUUGAAAAUGUACCUUAAAAUACAAUAAAUUAGACCUCAAACUGCCAAGUGGCUAAAUUCCUAGAUGGGACAUGUUACUUCAAAAAUGAUAGUUGUAGUUCUCAGUUCCCUAACACCCACAGAGUGUUGAAUGAAGAAGGUGUUACAACAGAACAUUUAACAUGACCCCCAUGUUUGAAAUGUGAUGUCGCUGGCAUCAAAUCCAAAAUGGGCACAUAGUUAUUCCAAACUGUUGAAUUUUAUGUUUCAAGAUGAUAUAUUGUCCUUUUACUACCUUACCUUGUUUUUUCAAUGUUCUGCUUAUCAUCACAUUCUGUUUCUGUUUUCCUCUUCCAGUGCCCCACCUAUUCUUUAACUUUUUUGGGUUAUCUUAUGAAUAUCAAUACAUCAUUGAUGCUAUGUUUUUUUAUUAUCGCGAUGAGGUAAUCCUCACUGCAUUACAGUGCAUCACAUGAAAAAUAGAACAUUUGAAAAAUGCACCUCUGAUGGAGAUUUAAAGCCUUUUGGAGGCUCAACCAGCCAAAGCUUAACAGCCUGACAGACUGUUGACACAUUUUUAAAUGUAUUGAGCAUUUUCAAUACAUACUGCAUUCUAGGAAUGCUCAUGCUUAUCAUGAACUGUUGUUGGUGUAUGUAGGGCUUUAUGUACCAUCAUUUUCUUGACUUUCCACUAGUGCUAGCUUUGAUAGCAGCGAUGUCAAUCAUAAACAGGAAAGGGGCGUAUUUGAAUCCAUCAGUCAUCCUGUAAUUAUUGCUUCUUUUAAACCUGUUAUUUAUUCAAGAACACAGUAAUAAAGAAAAACUGCCGGGACAAAUUAUAAAUUCCCUCUCUGUAAUUUA